AUGGAGGGCCAAAAUGAAAAUGACGAGCUUUACCCUAUCGCGGUGCUCAUUGAUGAGUUGAAGCACGAUGACGUCCUCCUCCGCCUCAAUGCUAUUCACCGUCUAUCGACUAUUGCUCUUGCUCUGGGCCCCGAACGAACCCGAGAAGAGCUUAUUCCAUUCUUGGAUGACUCCGUCGAGGAUGAAGAUGAGGUCUUGACUGCCCUCAGCGAGGAACUCGGUAACUUCACAGAGUAUGUGGGAGGACCGGAACACGCGCACGUGCUCUUGUCCCCAUUGGAGAACCUGGCAGCCAUCGAGGAGCCCUUGGUUCGGGAGAAGGCUGUUGAGUCUCUCAACAAGGUUUGCGAGCAGCUAGAUGAAAGCCAGGUUGAAGAACACUUCGUUCCCCUUGUCCUCCACCUCUCGAAAGCCGACUGGUUCACCUCCAAAGUCUCGGCUACCGGGCUUUAUUGUACACCAUACCGAAAAGCCACCGCGGCGACCCAGCAGAGCCUCAGACAACAUUUUGGAGCCUUGGUACACGAUGAGACCCCGAUGGUGCGCCGACAAGCCGCGAACAACUUGGCCAAGUUUGUCAAGGAGAUGCAGGCUCCUGUCGUUAUCGAUGAAAUGAUACCCCUUUUCCAAUAUCUCGCAAGCGAUGACCAGGACAGCGUUCGCUUGCUGACUGUGGACAUCCUCAUUGCAAUCGCGGAGGAAAUUCCCAAGGAGCAACAGCCUAGUCAUGGAGUGCUGUUGACUUCGCUGCGGAAUCUAUUUGAAGAUAAGAGCUGGAGAGUUCGAUACAUGGUCGCUGAUAGAUACGAGAAGAUCGCCAAGGCAGUGCACGAAGAAGUUAUCACGCGCGAUAUGGUACCGGCCUUUGUGAAGCUUUUAAAGGAUACCGAGGCUGAGGUUCGCACGGCGAUCGCUGGACAAAUUCCUGGAUUCUGUACAUUGAUUGACCGCGACACUCUUCUCAAUGAGAUCAUGACGAGCGUAGAGGAUCUCGUUUCGGACCAGUCUCAGCACGUUCGAGCCGCGCUUGGAACUCAGAUCAGCGGCCUCGCGCCUAUUCUUGGAAAGGAAGAGACAAUCGCCCACCUUCUCCCUAUGUUCCUUUCGAUGCUCAAGGAUGAUUUCCCUGAUGUCCGCCUUCACAUCAUCUCUAAGCUAGAGCAAGUCAACAAAGUUAUUGGCAUUGAUCUUCUCUCCCAAUCUCUCCUUCCCGCUAUUGUUCAGUUGGCCGAGGACAAGCAGUGGCGCGUCCGUCUUGCUAUCAUUGAAUACAUUCCUCUCUUGGCCAGUCAGCUGGGAGUUAAGUUCUUUGAUGAGCAGCUGAGUGAUCUAUGCAUGGGAUGGUUGGGUGAUACAGUCUUCUCCAUUCGAGAGGCCGCAACCCAGAACCUUAAGAAACUUACAGAAGUCUUUGGGGUAGAGUGGUCUCAGGAGUCUAUUAUUCCCAAGGUGGUAGCUAUGGGACAACACCCUAACUACCUAUACCGGAUGACAACAUGCUUUGCUAUUUCUACCCUUGCCCCCGUUGUCACGCUUGAUAUCAUCGAUACCUCCAUUCUCCCCAUUCUGGACCGCCUGGUAGCGGAUGAGAUCCCUAACAUCCGAUUCAACGUUGCCAAAUCUUAUGCUGUUCUUAUCGAUACGCUUCGUCGCCUGCCGGCAGAUAAGACCUUGGUUGAGAUUGAGAAGUCUGGAGAGACAGUGACCCCUUCACCCCGGAGCCAAGAGCUUAUCCAGCAAAAGGUUCUGCCUAGCUUGGAGAAGUUACAGGCAGAUGAUGAUGUCGAUGUCCGAUACUUUGCUACCACUGCCGGUGGUAUCCAGGAUGAGGUCAUGCAGACUUCUCCUUGA